GCGUCGAACGCACCUUCGGGUCAUGUGAUUAACACAGAGUCAAUAUGGCGACGCUCGAGAAAACAAAUAAGGAAGUCCUGUAAAGCGUGUAAAUUAUACCCAAAACAAAUUACAUUCCAGCAGUUAUGAUUGAUGUAUUUAUUAGACAACAUUUGCCGUUGCUGGCAUGCCUCGUGGCACUUGUACUGGGUGGGAAGAUGAAAAUUGUGGAGGAACCAAAUACAUUUGGGUUGAAUAAUCACCUGCUGUCACAGGGCAGCCAGCUGCAGGCCAGAGUCACUCCGUCUCCCAUCUCCGGUCCUCCUCAUCUCUUUCGACUAGCAGGAAAAUGCUUCAGCUACACGGAGUCCAUGUAUAAGUAUGACUUCUGUCCAUUUCAUAAUGUGACGCAGCACGAGCAGAGCUUCAGGUGGAACGCCUACAGUGGAAUUCUGGGGAUCUGGCAGGAGUGGGAGAUUGAGAAUAACACCUUCAUAGCAAUGUGGAUGAGAGAAGGAGACUCCUGUGGGACCAAGAACAGACAGACCAAGGUUCUUUUCACGUGUGGGAACAGCAGUAGGCUUGCCAGUGUGUCUGAGCCACAGACGUGUGUGUACUUUCUGACGUUCGAGACGCCUCUCGUCUGUCACCCACACUCCCUCCUGGUGUAUCCAGUGCUAAGUGAGAAACUGCAGAAAGAAUGGGAUGAGAUUGAACAAGCUCGAUACGAAGAACUCAUCACUGAACAGGGCUACAACAAGAUGCUGAGGGACGUGUUUGAAGAGGCUGGGUUUCUGAAACGAGCGAAACAGCCAAUUAAACAAGAACAACACACGCCGAGUCCUAAACAUCAGACUCUAGAACAGUGCACACAGGAAUUUGCGAAACAGCGUGGUGAAAUCGAGCGACUGCGUUCUCUCCUCAGCCAACACAAUAUCUCAUACGAAAUGGCCACAGGAAGACCGACUAUCCCGUUGACCACUGUGCAGGACCAGCACCUCAGGGGUGAUACAGGGAUCCUGGAUAAUAUUUAAUACCUACAGACUGCAGUAUUUUAAUUUAAUGACUUGGAGUUUCCCCUGAAAAUGUGAUAGUGAUGUCAUUUUAAUCGAAGAACAAUGCUGGCAUAUGAAACAAUGUACAAUCACUUGUUUGUACAAAAAUUAUUUAAAAUAAACUGCACAGAACCCCCCACUAUGUGAAAAAAAUACAAGACUGCAAAAGCACAUUUACUAAAAUGUCAUUUAUUAUUAGACAAAUGGCACAUCCUGGUGCCCUACAUCUUUUCUACUGCUUGGAAUUUCUACGCUUGUGACUCACCUGCUGCUCUGGCUGGCCCCUAAAAACAGGUUAUUCCCAAGUCUCACUCUUGCUUCACUGAAUAAUCUCACAUGGAUAUGUAGAUUUGUACCUGCUGUAAUCAUAAAGACUGUCCUGUGCUCA